AUGGCAACCCUCGCAACCACAACUGCACCUGCCCCCGCGCCGGCCGUUGUGCCGCGCGUGCCCAUCCCCGUCAAGGGCGUCGACUACCGCAAUAAAAUCGUCCUCGCGCCAAUGGUCCGAUCAGGCGAACUACCCUCCCGUCUCCUGGCGUUGAAAUACGGCGCCGACCUCGUCUGGGGCCCCGAAACAAUUGACCGCUCCAUGAUUGGCGCCGAGCGACGCGUGAACCCACGAAACGGCACCAUCGAAUUCACUCGCAUGCCCAGCAACGGCGGACGCCCCAACAAACCAGUCAAGGAAUCAGUCAUCUACCGCAUCAACCCAGCGCGUGAAAAAGGCCGACUAAUCUUCCAACUUGGCACGGCCAACCCGAGGCUAGCAGUGGCAGCGGCGCGUGUCGUGGCCGACGACGUCUCAGGCAUCGAUGUCAACUCAGGCUGCCCGAAACCCUUCUCCACAAGCGGUGGCAUGGGCGCCGCUCUCCUCCGCACCCCCGACCUCCUCGUCUUUAUCCUGGAAACCCUCGUCAAGGAAGUCGGCGAACCCUACCAAAUCGGCAUCUCGGUCAAGAUUCGCAUCCUCUCCAAACCCGAAGAAACAGAGGCCCUUGUCUCCCGCCUUGUGAAGACAGGCAUCACAGGCUUGACGGUGCACUGUCGCACUACUCCUAUGCGACCACGCGAAGCCGCAAUCCGUGACCAGCUCCCAAUGAUAGUGCGCAUUUGUCACGACGCUGGUGUGGCGUGCGUGAUGAACGGCGAUGUGACUUCGCGUGAUCAGGGGCUUGCACUGAUGGAGGAGUACGGAGUUGACGGUGCGAUGAUCGCGACCUCCGCGGAGACUAACUCGUCUUGUUUCCGGACUAAGGAGGAUGGUGGCCUCGCGCCGUGGCGGGAGGUCGUCUACGAGUACCUGUGCUUCUGUAUCGAAUCCGAGAACCGUCUGGGCAAUACCAAGUAUCUGCUUAAUAUGCUGAUCCCCGGCAAGGACAAAGAGUUCAAAGAUACGAAGCUGUCUAAGACGUAUCUUGAUAUUUGUCGCGGGUUGAAAUUCGAUGAUUUGCUUCCUGCUGCUGCGCGUCUUGAUCAACUGCUCGGUCUCGAUGAUAAGUGGGAGGUUGCCCCCCAUGUGACCUAUCUACCGACCCCGUCUGGACUUCAUACACCCACCCAGUCUGAACCUGAUACAACCCCCCAGUCUGAACCUAAGUCUAAGGCCGUGCAGAAUGCUAUGGAGUCUGAGACUGCUCGUGCGGCUGGCGGCGGUGCUGUUCGGACUAAGACGCCCUUGCCAACUGUUCAUGGGGGUGGUCCCAUUCGACGAUCUUCUGCUCCUCAGCCGGCUAAGGUUACCCAAGUCGAUGCUGAGCAGCCAGCUGUUGAAGCUCCUAUUCUUGCUGCAGAGACUGAGGCUCCAUCUCAGGUGACGGCGUAA